CAAUUUCCCUGCUACAGGAGCCUCUGGAUCCACGCUCUUCUUGUUCGCUUAAAGCUUUAAGUAGGGAAUUUGACUUUUUAUUUUGUAAAAACAGGUAAGAUAAUCAAAAACAGAGCAGUUUCUAUUAGAGCUAUAUAAACUAUCUGCAAAGAAAUGGCCGAGUCUGCAGCGAGUCAGUAUGAGGAUCAGUUCAUCUGUUCAGUCUGUUUGGAUCGGCUGAAGGAGCCGGUGACGAUUCCCUGUGGACACAGUUACUGUAUGAGCUGCAUUACUGACUGCUGGGGCCAGAAGGAGCAGGAGCCGCCGUACCGCUGUCCCCAAUGCAGAGAGAGCUUCAGUCAGAGACCUCUACUGAAGAAGAACACUCUGAUAGCAGAGAUGAUGGAGACGCUGCAGAAGACGUCUCUACAAACGGCUGCUGUGGAGUGUGAUGUUUGCACUACAGAGAAGAAGAGAGCUGUAAAGUCCUGUCUGCAGUGCUUGGCCUCCUUCUGUCAAACUCACCUGCAGCUUCACUAUCAAUCUCCUGCGUUUAUGAAGCACAAACUAGUCGAAGCCUCCAGAAAUAUUCAGGAGAACGUCUGCCUCAGUCAUGGGAAACCUCUGCAGAUUUACUGUCAGGAUGAUGAUCAGUGCAUUUGUUGCAUGUGUACUGAUAAUCAUAAAGGACACAAUGUGGUGUCUGUGGAUUCAGAAUGGACUAGUAAAAAGAAAGAGUUAAAGAUGAUAAAGGAGGCGUGUCAAAAGCUGAUCCAGGAGCGAGACAGAGGCCAGCGGGAAAUCAGAGAAGCUGUGAAGCUUCUUAAAAGUUCAGCAGAAGAGGCCGUGGAGAACAUCGAGAAGGUCUUCACUGAGCUCAUCUGCUCUCUGGAGAAGAAACGCUCUGAGAUUAAAGAGCAGAUCAGAGAUCAGGAGAAGACUGAGAUAGAUCGAGCAGAGAAACUUCACAAACAUCUGGAUCAAGAGCUGACAGAACUCAGAAAAAGACAAGCAGAGAUUGAGAAACUUCUGAUUACUGAUGAUCAGAUCCACUGUCUGAAGAGCUGUCAGUCUGUGUGUGUUUUACCCUCAUAUGAAGACGUUCCCAGCUUCACUCAACACACUCAUCUGUCUUUUAAAGACAUUUCAAUCUCAGCAUUCAGAGAGGUUUUGGAGGACGUCUGUCAACAGCAAACAGCCAGAAUUUCUCGAGAAGUGUCAAACGUCCAUGUUUCAGAGUCUCCAGAACCUAAAACUCCAAAUGAAUUUUUGCAGUAUUUCUGUCAACUGAAACUGGAUCCAAACACUGCACACAAAAAAAUCAUCUUGUCAGAAGACAACAGAAAAGCAUCAUAUUCAAAUGAAGUCCAGCAAUAUCCUGAUCACCCAGAGCGAUUUGAUGGGUUUCCCUACAUCUUGUGUAGAGAGGGUUUGUACGGUCGCUGUUACUGGGAGGUUGAGUGCUGUGGGGACGACUGGGCUGUAGCAGUUUGUUACAAAGGAAUUGGGCGUAAAGGAAACAGUGGUGACUGUAAACUUGGCUUCAACAAAAUAUCCUGGAGAUUGUCCCGCUCUCAGCAGAAUGUAAAUUUCAUACAUAAUAAUGAGCAUGUUUAUAUCAUUGCUGUCCCUUCCUCUAGAAUAGGAGUGUAUCUGGAUCACAGAGCAGGAACUCUGUGCUUCUACCGCGUCUCUGACACAAUGACUCUACUACACAGAGUCCCGACCUCAUUCACUGAACCCCUCUACCCUGCAUGUGGGGUUUUACAUGGUUCGUCUGUCAGGAUUAUAAGACAGAGAAGAGUUCAGACAGACCAGAAAGAAAUAUACAUUUAAGCCCCAACUUAUUCAUACCCAGGCCAAAUUUUUAAUUAUGGUGAAUUUUUUAUGACACAUAGGCAUCUUCUGGCUGGAAAUUACACAAAAAGGUGACAAAAGUAAGACAUUGUGUUAGAGAUAUUAACGAAGAAUGUUAGCUCUUUUUUUUAACCUUUUGACAAAACCUUUGUCAAUAAUCAGUGGCAAAGCUUUUAUUUUUAUUCACGGCUGUCAAACAUUUGUAUGUUUUUAUGAUUGGUGACAAAUUUUUUUUUGCACAUUUCCACUGGGAUUUUGGACCACUACUCUUUUGCAGUGAUCCCCAGGACAUUGAGGUUGGAAGGUUUCCUUGCCAUCACUCUGGUUUUCGGUUCUCUCCCCAAAAAUAUAAAUUGGAUUCAGGUCUGGACUGUGGCUUGGCCUCUCAAAAACAUUGAUAUCUAUCUUCAAGCUUUUACAACUUCUUCAAACUUUCAGAUUAGGCUUUCU